AUGAAUUCUGAGGAUUCGGUAAACAAACAAGAUCAAAAUAAUAAUCACAUAGAACAUGAUUCACACGAAGUAUUACAUGAAACGUAUAACGAAGCGGAUAUAGACAAAUCAAUAUUUAACGCUCCACAUUUUGAACUAUCAGAAUCUAAUAUCAAGGAACUUGAAAGAUCGGUUUCCCCAUGUGAAAUCUCGCUAGUUCAUACGGAUAACGACUAUGAAGAAAGUCCAGGAGCCAGGGGUGAAGCAGGGCCGAAGCCUAACAUGGAUUUCCCUAAUUUUGUAGAGAUCAUCCAGGAGCAAAUAGACUUAAGAUUGGCAUCAUCCGAUAAUCCUACAGCGGUUAUGGAAUUGGACUUAGAUGGAAAUAUACGGUAUUUAAGUCAAAAUUGGGAGACCAUUGUGGGGACGAAGAUUAAAAAAAUUGUAAAUAAACCAAUUUCAAAUAUUAUUGUUGGUAAUGAUGAUGACUCGAAAGUGUUCAAUAACUCGAUUGAACUGAUGAUAAGAGAUGAUGGUAGCUAUAAAGUGAAAUUUGUUACAGCUACGGACGAUAAAUAUUCCUCAACUUUUGCUGAAUCACAUUCUAGCGGAAAGAUAACACCACACAAUUCGUUAGAGGAUUUAACUAAGGACAUACCCAUACAAGAUUUGCAAUAUGAACCUACACAAAAAUAUAAUGACAAAUUGGAGAGCGAUUCAUCAAGUAGUACCAGCUCAAAAGUAUCUAACAAUGGAAACAUAAUUGAAUUGGAAGCUCAAGGUAUAUUAAUUCAUGAUUCAAAGACCAAAUUACCUACGCAUUCAAUAUGGACAAUAAAACCAUUUAUUCAUAUUGAUCUUGAUUUGACAUUACCUGAACAAUUGAUCAGUUUGUUAGGGUUCGGAUCAGAAAUAUUUGAAGGGUAUCUUGUAAGCCUAAAAGAGUUAGGAAUUAUUGAUGAGGAUUCAGUCCCUCAACCUAAGACUAUUCUUUGUCGAAUUUGCGAACAGAAUAUACCUGCUUGGUUUAUUGAAAAGCAUAGUGAUCUUUGUAUUGUUGAACAUCGAGUUAGCGAAGAUCUACAAACGUGUCAUGAUGCUAUUUCAAACCAGAAGGAUUUGAUUCUUAAACUUUCUGAAAAUAUCUGGAUACAGCAGUCUCAGAUAUCCCAAAACACCAAUAAUUCAGCUUCUGUAUCACCUUCGUCAUCACCCCCAUCUUCGUCAUCAAGCUCUAUAAACCUGAUGAAUUCUUCAAGUAGUAUGAUAUUAGACUACAAAGGCCUCCCAUUACCAAAGAUAAGUCCAAUGGAAUCGCCAAGGCUAUCAAAUCAAGUAUUGGUUAAAAAUGCUUCUGCUCUUCAAUCACUUCAGACUAUGAAAUUUCCGUUUGGCGUCUUUCAAAGACUAGUCGAGUUCUGUGAUGAAGCUCUCCAAAUAAAUCCAGCUGAUACAAAUGAAGUUGGAAGCUUUCAAUUCAGUCCUAAUUCCGAACGAGCUAUUAAUUUUGUUCUUAAUUGGAAGGCAUAUGAAACGUCAGAUUUGUCUAUUCGAACUCUUAUAGAGGAUACGCAAAACCUUGUGAAUGAUAAGAUUGAUACGCUAUCAAGAUUAUUAUCAAUUUUACAAUAUUCGGAGAAGAUUAAAAAUGAAGUUGAUGAACUAGUUUUGCAAACUGUAAGGGAAACAGUCGCAAAGAUAAAAGAACAAACAAUGAUGAAUGAACAAAAUCAAGAUUCUGUUUAUUCAUAUGAUGACAACGACUCUACAGCAAUUUUCUCGAAUGAAAAUGAUCAGGAACCUUCAAGAGUAGAAUUAGAGGUUCCCACACUUCCCACAAAUAAUUCUACCAACCUUUCAAUUCAAUCUCCGCAACCUUCACGAACAAGAAGCCCCCAAUCUAAGCUAUUCACGGAACCGUAUAUAAAAGAUGAAGCUAAGUCGAACCAGUCUAUAACACCAAGGGAUAUAUUACUCAGAGGUAGAACUUCGAGUGGUUUGCUGACAAAUUCAUUAUCUACAUCAUCGCUUUCUGCUAAUUCGAGGAGUCACUCCAGAAAUCGAUCUAAGGAUAAUAACUUAACUGAAUCAUUAAAUGAUUUAGAUUUAAGUAAAAAAUCUUCAGAAGGAUUGUCAAAUAAUUCGUCAUAUUCUUCACCAAGGCGGCAUUUAUCACCUGUUCCAUAUAUUGAAAAACAAAACUUAUCUUCCUUUCAAAGAAACACGAAUUCGAGAUUUGAAACUAACACUCCAUUAUCAUCCCCAUCGUUUGCUCAUUCUGAGAUGCAACAUAAUGAAAAAGGCAAUCAUAUAUAUGAAAAGAGAGCAGGUGCCGGGGGUUGGCACAAUCAUAAUAUUUCAUUGAAUUUAAAUUUUAGCUCGACCAAGAAUUCAAUGAACAAACCACCUUUAUCUCCUUUGUUAGUUUCUCUGACACCUACAAGUAAACCAUCAUCCGGUGAUAUUAGAGAUUAUGAAGUGUUAAAAGCUAUUAGUAAAGGUGCUUUUGGAUCUGUCUUUUUAGCUAAAAAGAAAUUGACGGGAGACUACGUGGCUAUUAAAUGUUUAAAGAAGCGAGAUAUGGUUGCUAAAAAUCAAAUAUUGAAUGUCAAAUCCGAAAGAGCUGUUAUGAUGAGACAGACGGAUUCACCUUACGUUGCACAAUUAUACAGCAGUUUCCAAACCAGAGAUUAUCUUUAUUUGGUUAUGGAAUAUUUGAAUGGUGGUGACUGUGCAACAUUGCUUAAGGUUUUAGGUACUUUGGGAAAUGAAUGGGCUAAAAGAUACGUAGCCGAGGUAGUAGUGGGAGUUGAUGAUUUGCACAAAAGAGGUAUAAUUCAUAGGGAUUUAAAACCGGAUAAUUUAGUGAUCGAUAGCAAAGGUCAUUUAAAAUUGACAGAUUUUGGUUUAUCCAGAUUGGGUGUUGUGGGUAGACAGACUAGAGCACAAAGAAAGAGUAGUACUUCUGAACAAGCAAUUGAUAUAUUCCGAAGAAGUCUUAACCAAGCAAACCAAAGUGCGUUUGCGAAUGUAUCAGGGUUGGGAUUAACUAGCGCAAAUGAUUCACCAUCAUCCGAAACAAGUGUACAUAGAAGGAACACAUCUGAUACUUUAUUUUCGUUAUCUCCAAGUUUCGAUCAUGCAAAAUUGACCCCAGCUUCAGCUGCUGGUUCGCAGUUGAUGUCCCCACUUGUCCCUUUUAGUGAAACAUUUGGACAACCUUUAAGUCAACAAUCGCAACCAAGCCCUCUUCAAAUGCCACAACAAAAAAAUAAUAGACAGAAUAUAUCCGGUAGCGGUAAGAAUUCUGGAAGAACAGGCUCGGGUUCGCUAGAAUCACCGUUAUUGAAACCAGUAAUAGCAAGAACGGCAUCAGAAUCGUCAUUUUCAAUUACAGAGGAUGAUUAUCCAACGAUUUCAUUACAGAACCAAGAUGCAAUUAAUUCAUAUGCAUUAUUUGAUCCUGAAAAUGAAGACUCUUCCGAGAUGAAAAAUUUUGUUGGUACUCCAGAUUAUUUAGCGCCGGAAACUAUCGCAGGUGAAAGACAAAGUGAAUCUUCCGACUGGUGGUCUCUUGGAUGUAUAUUAUUUGAAUUUGUAUUUGGAUAUCCUCCCUUCCAUGCUGAUACUCCAGACAAAGUCUUCAAGAAUAUUUUGAAUUGCGAAAUAGAUUGGCCGCCAUUAUCUGAAGAAGAAGAACUAGAAAUAUGUCCAGCAACAGCAAAAGAUUUAAUCAAAAAAUUAUUAACCUUAAAACCCGAAGAAAGAUUAGGAUACAAUGGAGCGGAUGAAAUUAAAAGACACCCUUAUUUCAAAGAAAUCAACUGGUUUACGUUAUUUGAAGAAGUACCAUCAUUCAUUCCCACUCUGGACGACCCAGAAUCCACAGACUAUUUUGAUAAUAGAGGAGCUGAUAUAUCACAUUUUCCUAAAGAAGAUUCGGAUGAAGAAAGUAAGUUAAUGACUAACGCGGCUUCUAUCAACACUACUGAAUUUGGAUCCCCUUCAUUAGAUUGCAAAUCAAGUACUGGGGAUGUUUUUAAUUCCAAUAUUGACGACUUUGAAAAUGUUAGUGGUAGCGGAACUGGAAGCAAUACUAAUAGCAACAAUAGCAAUAGCUAUGGUAACGGAUCCAGUAAUAGUGCUACGGGGAAUGGAAAAAGAGAAAGACGGGGUAGUAAGUUGGCAGAUCCUAGUGAAUUUGGAUCAUUUCAUUUUCGUAAUCUACAUGUGUUGGAGAAGGCUAAUAAAGAUGUUAUUAAUAGGUUGAAAAAUGAACAUCUUGAACAUAGAGGUAGUUUUUCAUCAUCAUCAUCAGACUCUACUACAAACUCCAGGCCAAGAGGAUUGUCCUUCAGUGGAACGAGUAAUAAUAAUAGUCCUGGAAAUCCAUUCAAGAGACCAGUUUCUCCUAUAAAUUAUUUAAUUCAUAGAUCGUCAUCUCCUAACAAAUAUGAGAAAGAAAGCCAGUCAUCUCCACAAUCUGCUAUUUACAAACAGGAAAGAGUGGGGUCUGCCGUGAGUACAUAUUCAUCUGGUGAUGAAUAUCCAUUCGAAAUGGGUAAAGUAUCACCAGGGUCAGACAGUAUUAAAGGUAGUAAUCACAGAUCAUCAGUGCACUCAUUAUCAAGACAAGUAUUUAAGCCUCCUACUAAUGACUUUUCUCCCUCGAGUUCGGAUAAUGAAGAUUCAAAAUCACUGGCAUUAUUAAGAGUAAGGAAGAGACGUGAGAGUGUACGAAGACAAGGGAGUAGCGAAGGCUCCUUUUCGCGACUUGGAAGUAAGCAUAGCGAAGAGUUACUUCGUCCUAAAUUACAUGAAUUAGAUGUGCUAUAUUGUGAACCAAUUCCAAUUGUGCGUCAUACCAUAGCCAAGUUGAUGGAUACAUUAGGAUGUAUAGUCGUAUCCGUUUCUGAUGGUGACGAGUUAAUUCGUCGUGCUACAAGCCAAGUGAAAUUUGACUUAAUAUUUACAGCUUUGAAAUCGUCUAAGGUAGAAGCUCCAGAUGCUGUCAAAUUAAUUAAAUACACCAGUGGAAUAAAUUCUAAUACUCCAAUAAUUGCAAUCACUGGGUUUUCGAAAGAGGCGACUCAAUCACAAGCUUUCGACGACGUUCUUGAGAAGCCAAUUGAUAUAGAAAGUCUUAGAAAUUGUUUGAAUAAGUUUUUUUAUAAUUCAACUGUACUUGACGAUGAAGCUAUUGAAUCAGAUACAGAAGCCGACUUGAAGAAAUAA